GCGCCAACAUGUCUGCUUAGGAGUUUGAGUGAAACUUUUCUGUUCAGAUCUGACCCGGGUUCACGUUUAACGGUUAGGUUUUUGGGGGAACAUGGUGUCAGAGGGUGGCGUCGACUCAGUCAGUCUUUUCCUAAAUGUUUUCCUUCGUAGCCUGAUAGUUUUCGGUGUGUUUAUCAGUGUAGACGUGCCGGUGUGCGGGGCUGCGGGCAUCAGUCCGGACAGAUGCCUGGUCUGGGGCUCGGGGCUGGACGCCGGCUCCGUCCUCCCGGUCCGGUACUUCUACAUCCAGGCGGUGGAUUCAAACGGACACAACCUGACCGUGUCUCCAGGUAAAGAGACGUUUAAAGUUAAAAUAAGUGCUUUGGACAAGAAGGAGCACAUCCGUAUCCAUGUCCCUCCACCCUUGGACCGAGGAGAUGGAUCCUUCCUGGUUCGGUACCGGCUCUACGGCACCGCCUCCAGGGGCCUCCAGGUGCUGGUCCUCCACCAGGACACUCCUGUGGCCAAGUCACCCUACACCAUCCAGGGUCCGGUCUACCAUGAGUACUGUGACUGUCCAGAACCCGACGGCUCCGUCUGGGAGAACGUCAUGCAGUGUCCCGACGUGGAGCCUCAGAUUCUGGCCGACUUCAGGUCAUUCCCCGCAGUGGACCUGCAGCGUCUCAGACAGGAAGUACCGCAGAGGUUCGCCAACAGAGGAGGUCUCAUCCACUACGCCAUCAUCAACAACCAGAUCUACCGCCGCACCAUGGGAAAAUACACCGACUUCAAGAUGUUCUCAGAUGAAAUGCUACUGUCCCUCACAAGAAAGGUACGUUUGCCUGACGUGGAGUUUUACAUUAAUGUUGGCGAUUGGCCGUUGGAGACGAAGAGGCCGGAUGCGAGUCCUGGACCUGUUCCCAUCUUGUCCUGGUGUGGAUCCACAGAAACACGGGACAUUGUCCUUCCCACCUACGAGGUCACACACUCCACACUGGAGACGAUGAGAGGCGUCACCAACGACCUGCUGUCGGUGCAAGGACACACAGGACCUCCGUGGACCAACAAAACAGCUCAGGCGUUUUUUCGCGGCCGGGACAGUCGGGAGGAGAGACUCCAGCUGGUCGCUAUGUCCAAGAAGAACCCCGAACUGUUGGACGCCGGCAUCACAGGAUGGUUCUUCUUCAGAGACCGAGAGAAACAUGUGGGCAAAGCACCGCUGGUGGGCUUCUUCGACUUCUUCAAGUACAAGUACCAGGUGAACGUGGAUGGGACGGUGGCGGCGUAUCGCUUCCCGUACCUGAUGCUGGGGAACAGUCUGGUUCUGAAGCAGGACUCUCAGUACUACGAACACUUCUACACUCACCUUAAAGCCGGGACUCACUACGUCGCCGUGAAGAGAAACCUGUCGGACCUGGUGGACAAAAUCAAAUGGGCCAAAGAGAACGACGCCGAGGCCCGGCGGGUGGCGGAGGCGGGCCAGGUGGCGGCCCGAGAGCUGCUGCAGCCCAGCCGACUGUACUGUUACUACUACAGAACGCUGCUGACGUACGCCGGGCGGCAGACGGGGAAACCCACCAAGCUGAAGGACAUGGAGGCGGUACCUCAGCCCGACGACCACACCGCCGCAUGCACAUGUGAACGAGGACGCCACCAAGAGGACGGCGCCGUCAAAGACGAACUGUGAAUAAAGAAGCACCAGAGCCAGGAAAAUGUAAACCAUACGUCCAACGGUAAUGUUUUUAAUACUCUGUGUGUGUGUGUGUGUGUGUGUGUGUGUGUGUGUCAUUGUUGUGAUACAAAGUAAUGUGAAUGUAAGUGCCAUUUUGCCUUUCUACGUUACUGUACUAAUUCUAAAAUAAAUAUUUUUAAUAUGA